UGCUAUUAUAUGCUAUCUUUGUCUGUACCACAGAUUGAGUAGUAAACUUAUUUAUUGAUAUGCUUAAAAUAUGAAAUAUUUUUAUGUCGAAACCUGUAUUUCAAAAUACAUUUUGGGUUUGACAAGUGUAGAUCGUGAGCCAUUGCAGUUGUGUUGCAUUCACUUUGUUUGCUUUGUUUUGAACGUAGUGCUGAACAAAUUUGAACUGUGCUGUGAUUUUUAUACUAUAAAAUAAUAAAUGAAUUAUUAAAUCUGCGUUGAAAUGUGGAUUAGUUUGCGACUAAGGGAAUGAGUAGUGAGCCAGAAAAAUGGACAAGCACAAAAGGCUACUGCUGCAGAAGUAUCAGCAGGACAUCAUUGAUGAUCUAGAUGUGGCAUACGUCUACGAUGAACUGUUUGCGAAGCACGUUAUUUCAGCUGAAGAGGUCGAUCGCAUGUUCAGUCUUACGACUCGCAUCGACCAAACUCGGUUUCUAUUAGACUCGUUGAUUCGCAAUGGUACCAACGGGACAUAUCAAGUUUUUGUAGACAGCCUGCAAAAGGAUUACGGGUGGCUUUGGGAGAAAUUGGCUAUUGAGAACAAUAAUCCGAUGCCUGAUGAUAGCUUUGAGGACAGCCUCAGCAGGGGUGAUGUGCCUAGACCACCGGAUAACCAUGUCAGAAGAACGAAAGUGGAACAAAAUGUAGCAGAGAACUUGAGAUUGUUGCAACGGCACAAAGUCCUUGCGCUCCACGGCAUGUCAGGUUCAGGGAAGACAUGUGUGGUCAUCAGCGCUUUACGUGACAACCCUGAUUUAGUUGCCAGCAACUUCAAUAGCGUUGUCUUCUGGUUGAACUUCGGCAACUGUAAGACUGAUGAUGACAUUAUUUUCCAACAAAGCAAAUUACUAAGAAAAGCAUCGUCGAUGUACACGCAGAAUUCGUACAUGAACUCGUCAGUUUCUAUGUCUAGCAUCGGUUCAAAUGGCGACAGUCAAUCAUCUUCUAACUACGACUGGACAAUGAACGACCUUAGAGACAAACUAAAGGCACAAUUCUAUGAACUACCUCUAAAAGAAUGCCUCCUUGUGCUAGACGAAGUCAAUGACAAAAAGUGCUUAGAAGCGUUCGACAUCGGAUGCAAAAUUUUGGUCACAACAAGAGAUACUAGCGUUGUCGCUUCCUGUUCAGCACAGAUUAUCAAAAUAGAAAACAGCUUAGAAGAAAAGGAAUCGUUGGAAAUCUUCGCUCUGUCGCUUGAAGUACCUGUAUCGAAGUUACCUUGGCAAGCGAAGAAAAUCCAUGAGCUUUGUAAAGGCAGCCCUUUUAACAUUGGCCUCAUUGGAGCACAACUAGCAGAAAACAGGGAAAGGCUGAUUGAUGACCCAAAAAGAUGGAAUUACUACGUCAAGGAAUUGAAAAAGAAGAAUCACUUUUCAUUCAUUCCAAUCAAUCAAACUUACAAUCCGAUGAAAACAAUCGAAGUAUGCAUCAACUCUUUAAACCAGAAUGUGUUACCAUUGUUCAAAAAACUAAAAAUCCUGCCUGACAACGUAAAAAUUUCUGCCAAAGUAUUGAGCAAAUUGUGGAACAGAGAGGACUCACAAGUGGAAUCCAUCAUGAAAGAGUUGCGUAGUAAAUCUCUUAUCAUCGAAGUGUAUGACAGAGAUCAGAGAAAUUACAUGUAUGAGAUCCAUGACCUUAUCAUGAAGUACUUGAGGAGUUCAGGGGAAGACGAUAGCAAGAAGCUACAUGCUGAGUUCCUAAAUAGUUAUCACUAUAAUACUACAAACCCACCGCUAGAAAUCAUUGAUGAUGGUUACAUCGCCUUUUAUAUUGGUUACCAUAUCAAACACACGGAUAAUUACAACGAUAUGUGGACGUUGUUCAACAAAUUGUUCCUGAAUUUGAAGUUUUUAGGCAACAAAGUGAGGUUAACGGGACCUGCCGAUGUGAUGUCUGACCUACAAAACUAUGAGUCAUAUAUUGUUAAAUACGAGCUAGACAAGGAACUGAUUAGCAACACUAAAGCUUUCCUCAGCACACAUGGGAAUGACCUAUUCCAUUAUCCCUGCACUGAUAUUAUCCAAAGUAUCCUACAAAACGAGUCUAAAGGCAUACUGUACUCGAAAGCAUCGCAAAUUGCCCAAGAAAAUUGCAAUAAUAAUGAGCUGUAUUUUGAUUUUCUACAUGAACAAAACGUAGAUGAAAUCAAGCACUCAACUAUUGAUGUCAAAGAAAAGAUCACAGCUGUGUGCUUUCUUACGGAUUACGUUCUUGUCGGUACUAACUCCGGUGUGAUUAAGACAAGUGAAAUAUGGGUGUGUUUUACAAAAUUUGAAGUAAAGUUGUCGCGUAGGACAAAACCAGAAGAAUGCUACAACAACACAUUUGCUGACGUACAAAUCCAGGGUUCAUACCUAAACUGCAGAUGGGCGAACAAUGAAGAGUACCUUAUCAUGCACACAAGCAAAAAGAUCGACUUCUACGACCCUUCUAGAAGCCAAAAGAACAAAAUCUUCAAAACAAUUCAGGAUUUUGAUAGAGACAGGGAGAUCUUGUGUUGUGUGCCUUGUAAUUAUGAUAAGAAUGUUAUCGUUGCUACCGAUGGCCCUGUGAAGAGGGUUGAAGUGAUCGAUUUGAAGACCAGGGAACGAAUCAUCACGUUCGAUGAGACUGAUAUUGUUUUAGAUAUGGUUACUGUUCCUCGUAGCAACAAAAUCAUAACGCUAAAACCGAAUGAGAUUAUGGAGCAUGAAAUGAGUAGAUCUCACACAAGUACAAUCAAGAACACGUGUUGUUGCCGACGAGUUAUUACAAGUAAUGACAUUAAAGACAACAUGUCGUUCAUUGCAAUCGCUGUCAAUAAAAGUGGAACCCUACUCUGUGUUGCUACUGAUGAUAGCAGGGUCGUUUGUGUUGAUCUCAAGACUUAUACCAGGUGUUUUGAUCUGGAGAAUAGAAGGGGGAACGUAGUAGCAAUGGCAAUGAGCGAGAUGAUGUAUGAUGAAUUCGAGCCAGGCUCUGACGUACUACUAACAGGCACUGGGUCUAUUGAAGACUCUGCUAAAGUAUGGUACUUGGACGCUUCAUACAUCUCACAAACUGCGCAACGGAAUGGGAGAGUACGUCUAACAACGAAAUUCGACGUGAGUUUCCUCAACCCUCUAUCGCCUCACACACCAAACUCACCGACUCCAAUCAGUAACUCUGAGACUGUACACUCAACGCCAAAAAGACAUCAAUCAUUUAACCAUAGAGAAGUCCAACCUAAAAUGGUACUUAAAAACUCAAUGAGCUUAGAUAGAAGUGCUCUAAAGCCUUUGAAUUUGAAAGGGAUCUGCAAUAACAACGAAGGUGUGCUCCAGCCUUUACUAGCUGUUGUUGAUGAUAAGAAUAAUAUUCAGGUAAUGCGCGGCAGAAAGGUCCUAACAGAAAUCACAGAGCGAUCAGAUAAAUCCGAAAGCAUUACAAGAGUAAAAAUCUCUCCAUGCAAUCAGUACAUCAUUUACGGGCUUAAAUCCGGUAUAGUGAAGAAAUACACACUUCGGACCAAAGAAACAGUUCCAAUAAUGGAUGUUUAUAGCCCAGUGCAAUAUUUGAACUUCGUUAAUCCGAACUUACUAAUUGUGGCUGGAAAGAACACAUGCCUUAUGGCCUAUAAACUAACGACUAUUGGAGAUUGGAAACCUGAAAUGAUGCAGAGAGGUAACACCAAUCUUGGUUCCCAAGAAAUACUUAAUGAUAUUCAGGGUAUCCCCAAAAAGAACGGUCACUCAGAAAAACUGUCCAGUUCUAGCAGUGAAACAAGCUUAACUUCCCAAGGCAGGAUCUUCAGAUGUGAAGAGUACAAGAGUAUUUGUAAGGGCAGUGGUCUUGUCGAAUGCUUCUGGGUCAAAGAUCUGGGCGUCAUCACAGUGGAGUUUAACGCUACCAUCAAGUUAUGGAACAAGAAUUUAAAUCUACAAACAAUACUGAACGGAAGACAGUCUGAUGUGUACAUUACUUCGGCUGCUUUACAAAAUAAUAUCCUUGUCAUUUGUGAUAGGAAGAAUACUACGUUUCAGACAUUUGAACUCAAAAUCAAUGAUGGCGUGGAACUACAUACUAUCGAAGAGUACAGACUGAACAACGUGAUCGUGUCCUGCGAUCUCACUUCGGACGGGAACAUUCUAGCGCUAGGACUCGACUCUGGGAAUGUUGUGGUAUGGAACGUCCGAGGUCGACGUCAACUAUGCCUACUAAAGCACCACAAGUCUAAAGUCCACUCAUGUUCAUUCUCGCCCGUCCCUGAACGUUCCAACCGCAACUCGAUGACGUCAUCACCGCAUCUGAUACAAUCACCGUAUCACUUGUCUACGUCACAGGAUGAUGACGUAGACAGUGAGCAGCCGCCAUUAGUACUGGUUACCAUGGCAACGGAGAUUGUUUGGUGGAAUAUCACGCAUGUUAUGAAGGCGCCAAAGUAUAAGAUUGGGAAGAGGAACUACAACGUGAUGACGCCACUAGGCAGUCCGUUAGAGAAUAGAUGUGAGACGCCUAAUACCAGUCUAAACCACUCCAACUCAGCCACUUCAGCCAACUCGCCCAAGUCCAACUAUUUCUUCGGAGAUGGGGACUUCUUACCGCAGCAGUGCUGGAAGGCUCUUUGGAGAGGAAAAUCAUGUAAACGAGGUUCAAAAAGGAAAGAAAUCUUAGCGUGCAUCAAGUUAUCGGGUAUGCACGCGAAGAGACUGAGUCAUGACGAAAAGUUCUCAUGUUUCGUCACAGUAGACAACCCUGGACAUAUCCAUAUUAUGAACGUUAUGCGCUCGAAUAACACAUAGCGUAUGAUUUAUAUUUUACUUAAAUAUUACGUGAAGCAAUGACCAUUACCAGUCUUGAGAAUAAUAACGACAAAGACUGGUGGCUAAGUCGUAAAUUUCAUUAAUUAGUUUUCAACUGUAUUACAAAAAUUUUGUAAGUUCUACCUCUAAUUUUGUCUCAAUUCUCAUUCUCCAGUUUAUUAUUAAAAUAUAUGCAAAUAUCAACGCAUAAAUCUUAUGAAGUUAUGGCUCAAACUAGAGUUUUAUGAAUAAUAAUUACUUUUAGAUAACGAAUACUACAAAAUAAAUGAUCUGCUCAAAGAAAUAUCUUAGAACUUAAUACACUGCCUUUCAAUGCAUUUAUUUUUAAAUAGUAUAAACUAAUUCUUACUAAACCCUUUGUGGUUACUUUUAGUUUAAAAUUAGGUGCUCAAUAUUGCAGGUUGUCAAAUAAACUUUAAAUGCAAAUACUAUAUACGUAAAACCAAAUCAUCUUUGUUUUUAACGAGAACAGUUUGAUCGAUUUUGAUUGUGUUAAAUUUAUUAGAUUUCUUUCGGAUGGUUCUAAAGUGGUACUACAGCUAGAAUAAUAUAAAAGAGAGUACUCCUAUUUUAAUGGUAGGUACACUUAAACUAGGUGCAAUGCAAAAUAAACUUUAAUGCUAGAGUAAAUAAUCUUACGUAAAUAUUAUUCUAAUACAACAAUGAAUACUCUAUGUCAAAUAAUCUAUGCAGCAUUUUGAGAUUGUAAUCAAUUGAAAAUAUUUUUAAGUUAUUACUCAAUCUUAUGCAUUUAAAAAAUAAUGAGUUGUGAUUCCUAUAAUAGUAAUUCAAAUGCGUUUAAUUUUGAGCCUAAAUGACAAGUUAUUUAGGCAUAUUUCCCCUUAUUUCUUAAAACUCCAGUGAAGUGCAUUUCGUAUAGAAUUCUUCAAAUGAUCAUUGCUUCACAUAAGUCGUUAAUCAUGAACAAUCUGUUAUUCUAGAAUAGUACGUUAGUACAUUUAUUAGAUAAUAAGGUUUAUUGUAAUCUUAAUCCCACCAGUACUAUGGUAUGCUUUAUUUGUAUUGGGUGAAUCUCCUCAUUAGUUGAAAUUAUAAAUUGAAAUUAUUUUAAUACCUAUAGCAAUUUGGUGACGUAGAACCAAAAUUGAACUAUCAUUAUUUUAUUUGAAUCAUUUUUUUUUCUUAUAAACGAAUACGAGGGCUCUUAUGUAUUUUAUGUCCUGCCAGUAUUCGAAAAUUGUUUGCAAUAAUUUUGUUUACAUAACAAAGAGAAGUACUGACUAAAAUAGUGAAAUUAAAUUAAUUCGGUACGUUCUUUAGUGAGAAUCAUAGUUUACGUGUAAUGUGCCAUUUUUCGGCUUUAUGAAUUAUUCUAAUCAGUAACGGAGAUUGGGAGCUGAUUGUAGGAUUUUGGUGAAUAGUUAAUAUUGUACUAGUACAUAAUAUUGUUAAAUGUAUUUGGAAUCUAUUUUAAUGCCCAUAUAGGUUCCAAACUAUGAUAAGAUUUCCGAGAGAGUAGAACAGUUUUGUCAGCUAUUUUGUCCCACCUCUCAGCGAAGUCAAAUUACUCUCAAUAUUUUAAUUUUAAUUAUGUUUAAAUAAGUCCAUGAUAGAUCUCUUGUUAAACAUAAAUAUAUUUUUAAUUAUGAACUAAAUAAUGUAAUGGUGCUUAAAUGUUAAGACGUAGUUUAUACGUUUAUUUACCGACAACUAUAAAUACGUAGAUAUGAUAUCCUCGUCAAACUUUAAAUUGUAACCAGUUUUAGUUGAUAAGAAUUUAUGAACGUAGAGUAUGUUAACUGGAUUAGUGUUUAUUUUUUUUUAGAAAACAACUACGCACAAUGUCCCAAUAUUAUUAAUUUUACCUAUGAUGAAUUUAUGCCUAAUCCAGUUUAAAUACUCUAGGUUAGUGAAGAAUUGAUUAUGUUUUUUUAUGAAUUAGUUAAUUAAUGGUGAUAUACAAAAAUGCAUUCUGAUGCAAAAUGAAUGUAGAACAAAAACGAACAACGAUGAUUAAUGUAAAUAAUUUAUUUUUUUAAUUAAUGUAUGAAGUUGUCGGAGUUUUAUACAGAAACACGUUCUUUGACAAAGAAAACUAUGAAUUCGACUCUAGCCUUAGUUGCAGUGGUUAGUUUAAACUUUUAACAAUAGAAAAUUAUAGUUUUAUUUUUACGCCACUGCAUAGGAAGGUUAAUCAAAAAUUUGCCGCCCAAAUUGUGUUUGUAUGUGUAUGUAGAGUUCCGUAGGGCCGCAGUAAAUGUAUACGUAAUUAUUAAACGUCGUGUCAAAAGUCCGCCUAGUAUUUUUAUUAGAAUACAAAGGUGUUUUUCUUUUAUAAAUAAGUCAAUUUUAUUCUGCUCAAAAGUGAUGCAGAACUCUUUUGAAUCUAAUUUCAAUAUAAUAAACCAUUGGAACUACGGAACCUUACCAUUAUAAUGCUCAACUCGUAUUUUAUGAAUAGUAUGUUAUUUUUAAUAUAAUGAUGUCGAUCAAUAUCAGCAUAAUUUUUGAUCAAUGACAAUGCAAUGUAAACCUUAUGUACUACAGCAGACAUGCUUCACCUGUUAUGCCGUUGUUAGUUACCGUAAAUUCCAUUUUUGAUGUUGGUCCUAUGCAGAUUUUUCGAAAUCAUUUUCUCAUAAUGUAUGUCUCGACGAAUAUACAACGGGAACUAACGCUUCUGUGCUGGUUCCUCUAGAAACGGCAUAAUGGGCGAAAGCCUCAACAUCGAAAUUAUAUUUUACCGUAGUGAUUGGUUUUUAUAAGGAGAAUAUUUUUAAAUAUAUUUUUUGAUAAUACGUUA